CGAUCCGAGUGACAAAAUGUUGGGCUACACCGAUGAUGAAGGCAGCCGGGGAUCCUCGCCAACAAUGAGUUCCACCCCUUCGCGGCGAUCGAUUUUCGCAACGAUCUCCGCCGUCGUCUCCUCGACGAGAUGGGGAAACGAAAGGGAAGAUAGAGGACCUUCGUCGUCUCCUCGAUCGAUUUUCGCGACGACCUCGUGGGCAUUUUCAGCUUUGGAAUCGAUGUCGCCCCUUCACUUCAUCUCGCCUCUGUUGGUGUGAUUUCGGAACCCAGGUUCUGGUGUGGAUUCUUUGCAGGUAUAUAGCUCGAAGGAUGGUGAAGGUGGUGGAUUUGGUGAGUGUGUGUGGGGACUCGAAAUUUGACGGCGCCGGAUCUGUAGCAAGAGGCUGGAGGAGGAGGUGAUGGAGUUGAAGUAGUUGAAGAUGAAAUCGACAGCGAUGGUCGGUUGGAAGAGAAGCGAGAGGUGGAAAGGGAAGGUGGAGGAAGGGUCUUUAUUUUUAUUUAUUUU